AUGAUUUGUACGGACGAUUGCACCUGCAGCUUGUGCCGGGAGUUGCGUGGGUACAAGCUGAAGGUGAAACCGACUAAACCGACCGAUCGAUCGCACGCCGAUCCCGGAAGUCAGCAGCAAUCGCAAUCGAAGUACUGCAAGAACGCUAAGCUGACGCGCAACGAUAACUUCAUCUUGCGCCGGCGAACCUCCAGCGAGUAUCAGCGUGCUCCAGCGGGGGAAGAACAGCAUGAUCCUGGUGCAGGAUAUGCCCAACAACAGCUGCUCCAGCAACAACAUCAAGGUCAACGAGAUGGCCGUCACUGUCAACAACUGCAGAGCAAUCGUAUGAAGAAAGCGCAAAGUUACAACGAGAUACCGAACGCGGGCAAUGGAGCUGGCAGAUCACGGUACCAUCCCGGUGGUGGUCCAAGUUCCAAGAUGAUCAAGAGCACGAACAACCUCACGGAGGAGGACGACUACUACAGCUAUCUGCCCCCAUCACCACCACCACCCGUGACCGCCGGUGGAGCACCGGUGAAGAACAAAAUCGAGAAGCAGAAAGAUCACAAAGUGAUCAUCUACUUCGGUGACUCGAUCGCGCACCGGAAAAGCGAUAAGACGCGUCCGGCUCCACCGCCACCCUCGGGUACACCACCCCCACCCAAGGUCACGGAACUGAACGUGUUUCACGCGCAGCGACUGUGCGAGGAAACGGCGGAAAUGCAGCAACAACGCGCGGAAGGUGGCAGCAGCAGCAGUGCCGGAAGUAGCAGCUGUGGAGUCGCCAUCAGUCGACCAACCGUGCGGGAGGCUUUGGAGAAAAAACCCGACCAAGUGGGUGCGAAACCGGGCAAGGAGUUUAUGCUGCAGCUGAAAUCGGUGCUGGAGGAGAAGAACCGUGGGGUUGUUGAUGGAGGAGUGCCCGUUCCGGUUGCCGGUGAUGGUUCAACGGCGAUGUUGGCCACCAGUGAAGAUCCAAAGCCUAAGCGGAAUCACACGCAGGUGGUCGAGAUCCGGCGGGUCGAUAAAACGGUGGCUACUGAUGGUGCAACGGACACGUCACUGCCGUCAUUCGUCGAGAGCGUCAUCAACGGUGUCAUCAACAUCAAGAUCGAGGAAAGCUUUCGGGUGGCGUCGGACAUUGUGCAGGCUGUGUUUGAGGACCCGGGACCGGAUGGGGCCAACGAGUAUGGUUACGAUGAUGACGACGUUGGGGAUCCGUUCGAUUGGAGCUUCGUGCAGAACUGGAGAGCCCGACCUUCCGGGACGACCGUCGCGGGCAGUGGGCAGGUUAGCUCGACCCCAAACACUCCCAGCAACCAGAGCAGCAUCGGUCUCGCCAACAACCCCACACUGGCCGGUUCGAGCGGUGUCAGUGGUGCAGGUGGCGCCACCGGAAGCGCCAACUACCCAACCAGCCCAAAUGGGCUCUCACCCGGAAACCACUACAUAGCGUCCUCGAAUCCGGUCGCAUCACCGGGAGCUCGUAUUCAGAGUCCAGCGAUCGCAACACCGGCACCACGGGUUUCGAAGGAGAUCGCACUGCGACCCGCCAACGGGAAUGGUGCGGACAUGCGGAAUUACAGUCUGUCUCCGGUGAGCCAACCUGGUGGAAAUGGAGGCCAACCGAAUGGAGAACCUCCUAACGGAUCACAACCGAGUGAAAAUGGACGAAAGUUUCACCAAUCCCACGGGCAACCGGCUAACGGUGGACAUCACGCUCAACAGCAUCCGAACGGUGCAGUGCAUCAUCAACACCAUUCCCAGCAACAGCAGCAACAACACCAGCAACAACAGCAGCAGCAACACCAUCAGCAACAAUCAGGCCCACACCGUUCCGUUGCAGGACCAACGAAGCUAACCGUGCAAAGCUCCCCAGUAAAAGCCCAACCGGCAAUGGUGAGUGCAGGACUCGAGAAAGCACUUGCUGGUUCUCCUGGCGCCGGUGGAACUUCUAACGACAAGCGCAGUGUCAACGGAAACGUGAUCAACAGCGUUACCACGAUCAACGAGCAGCCCAACUCAAGCAGCACGGGCAGCAACGUGAGCCACCUGAAGCAACACUUCUCACAGAAUCACCACGCGGUACCGGCAACAUACACCCACGCAGCGGUAACCAGUGGUCCCACACAACCAGGCGCACAUCUAGCGAGUCCUCCUCAAAAAGGAGCACCACUGGGGAUCACACGUACGCACCAUCACACCGGUACGCACGAUUUCCGAGGGUUACAACGCGUCAACGAAUGCCACAGCUCGUCCGAUGAGAACCGAUCAUCAGGACACGCCAGCAUGUCAGACACGGGCCACGGAAGUAGUUCACCCGGUGGAGGAACACGAGCCGGUGGACCAUUAGGUCCUUUGCCAGAGGAUCGUCUAGCGGCUGGUGUCACGAAUCGUAGCGCACGUUCACGAGCCAGCUCAAACCACUCACGAUCGCGUCAUCGUGCAACACCUGCUAAGAUCCCGUGGGGUGGUGGUGGACUCGAGGACAUCAAGAUGGCGAUUCAGCAGCUUACGAUGCGCUCACACACGUCCACUUCGACGUACAGCAGCUUAAGCGCCGGCUCGGAAAGCUCAGAACCGGUACGUCGGCUCGGUCGGUACAGUUCGCUUGAAACGGUCAACACCAACGUGACGAGCGCAGAUGAGUUCGUGUGGGUGGAUUCGCAUAAUAGGCUGGUUGAGCUGCAACAUCCUCCUUGGAGCCAGCACUGCGUGUUGCGAGUGAUACGCACUGGACGCUGCCGUGAGUACGCAGAGCGUGUUUCGGUGGAAGCUGUACCACGGUUGGGGUACCUUUUGCAGCGUGCUUUGGUGCGAGUAGCUCGCGAAGUUCAGCGACUUUCAGGUGGACUGGGGUUGUGCUCAAAACACGAGGUAGCCGGCGCGUUUAAGAUCGUCCUUUCUCCGGCACUGUCCGAUUCGUGCAUUAAAGCGUGCCUUCGAGCAGCCGCCAUGUUUGCUGUGCCGGGGGACAGCGCGCUUAAGCAGAGUAAAUCGGCCCGAGCCGGGCUACAGCUUCCGGUGGGACGUUUCCAUCGCUGGAUGGCUGAUGCACGGUUGGGACGGUUCGUUCACGAGUACGCUGCGGUGUAUUUGUGCGCGGGUCUCGAAAACCUACUCGAGGAGAUCUUCCUCCAGUGUUUGCCGACUGAUCCGGGUGCGGCUUUGACUGCAACUGGGCUUGAGCAUGCGAUCGCUGGUUCUGGUGACUUGUGGGGGUUGUUGCAACCGUACGCACACUUAAACGCUGGCCGAGUUGCAUCUGGUGCACUCACGAUGCCACGAUGGGCCAGUCAAUCGUCGAUCAACUCUGCUGGAGCUGGUUCAGGCGCUCUCGAACCUUGCCUGCUGACCACGUGCGUCGGUAGUUUGGGUGAGCUAAAGGACCUUGUUGGGCGCGCGCAACAACGCAGCCAACACGUGCCAAUCUCCCAGACAGCCUUCCGCGUGCUGUUCUACUUCAUGCGUUGCUCGCAGCUCGAACAUAACGACGUCGGUGCUGCGACGAAUGGUACGGCCAGCAACAUCCAGGAGCUUUGUUACGAGCGCGCAUAUGUCGUCCUUCCACCGUUGGUAGAGUGGCUACGUGUUUCAUCGGCUCACGCCGAGUACCGACACGCGUUGCUCAUCGACAAGGACGAUAUCAUGCAGGCAGCCCGGUUGCUGUUGCCUGGUGUUGACUGUCCACCACGAUUAAUCGCUUCCGAGGAGGAAUUGCCCUCCAAACGGACCCCAGGGUUGACCGGGGCGCAAAGUAUCAGCUCAUCAAAUCACUCCGGUCAGACACAACCACUGCACGGAUCACUCACCUCUAACUCGUCCAUAUCCACCACCGGUAGCAUCGAGGACUCCAGCGAGUGUGGUCGACGUGCAACGUACGCUUUGGCCUUCCGGCUGAUGCUAACGGGCCGACCGGAGUUGUUGAUUCAGGCGCUUUCACUCGUACCACCGACGACACGCUACGACACGCUUAACCACCAGGGUCUAACAGCGCUCAUGAUAGCAGCUGUACGCAACGACGAGACGGCCCUCCAGACACUGCUAGAUGCCGGAGCCGAUCCGAACGUCGAGGUGCCCUCUUCCGGUCACCCCAAUUGUCCGGCUAUCCACCCGGAAACGCAGCACUGGACCGCGGUCACAUUCGCGGCCUGCAAAGGCAACUACCAGGCGUUACGUAUUCUGCUUGAGCGUGGUGCCCACGUGGAAGGUGGUGCUCGGCUCAGUGAGGAUAAGUGUACUCUCACGCCACUGCAGGUGGCCAGCGGUUCGGGUAUCGUGGAGGUAGUGGCGCUUUUACUUGCUCACGGAGCGCACGCGUUCCUUUCCACGCAGCAGAAGGACCUGCUGUGCUUCUCAGGCACUGCUCAGCGGGGUUGCUAUAGUGCAAUCUCGGUGGCGGCCGCUCACGGACAACGGGUGACGCUGAGGAAGCUGCUGUCACACCCACUGGCACCGGGAAGCCGAGAAGUGCUGUCGCUGGAGGAGAUGCUCGCCGAAGGAGAUGGUGGAAACACGCGCACCCAGCUUGAGCGCCAACCGGAAGCUCCACCAACGCUGAACAAAACCCAAAUCAAAAGUCUUCAAGAGGCCAUGUACCAUAGUGCUGAAAACAACCACCUAGAUAUCACCAUCGAGCUGCGUGCCCUGGGUGUGCCGUGGACAUUGCACUGCUGGAUGCACGCCCUGGCGGCAGCGCACGAGCUGCGCCUUGACGCCGUUAUCGAUCAACUGCUGCAGGACUUUUUGCAGGUGUGCCCAGACGACUACAGCCAGCAGUUUGUGACCGAAUGCUUACCGUUGCUGUUCAAUAUUUUCCGCUACAGCAAGAAGGAAGGUACCACGCUGCUGUUGGCUGACAUCUUCAGCACCUGCUUCGGGUGGGAACCGAUCAAGCCGAUCAAGGAGCCGGUCUUGCAGCCCUCGAACGGAUCACGCAUUGAUCCUAAGUUCGUCAAUAACCCAGAGCUGAGCGACGUCACAUUCAGAGUGGAAAAUCGCAUCUUUUACGGACACAAAAUCGUUCUCGUCACCGCAUCUCCGCGUCUGCAGAGCAUGUUGAGCUCGAAGCUGAACGAAGGCACCGGCACACCGACCGUGCAGAUCAACGAUAUUCGAUAUCAUAUAUUCGAGCUGGUGAUGCAGUUCCUGUACAGUGGUGGAUGCAACGCUCUGGAUGUGGUAGCUGCCGAUGUUCUGGAGCUGAUGGCAGCGGCCAGUUUCUUCCAGCUGGAGGGUCUCCUGCGCUACACGGAGGCCCGUUGUGCCGAUAUGAUUGACAUUGACAACGUAGUCGCCAUGUACAUACAUGCGAAGGUCUACAACGCCCAAAAACUCAUGGAGUAUUGCCAGGGCUUUUUGCUGCAGAACAUGGUCGCUCUGCUGACCUACGAUGAUUCAGUAAAGCGGUUACUGUUCGCGAAGAAAAUUCCCAACCAUGACGUACUAACCGGACUGCUGACCACGCUGCAAGCCCGCAUCAAGGCUCGCCGUAUCAGCACGUCUAAUUCGAGCACCGGAAACGCGUCUACGAACGGCGCGACCACACCCAAUGCAACACCGGCCAACAGGCUGUCGGGAAACGGAAAGUCUAAGUAAUGCUGAUACUCGGGGGCAUCUUUUUUAUCUUACCCACUCAUCACAAUUACCGGUUCAUUCAACACAAUGAACCUAUCGAUGCACUGAUUGUAAUAUGCUGCUCCUCUGUACCCUGGAGUUCUAUUUCUAAUGGAACUGGUCCAUGCGGCACGAUACGUAUCGUGCCAACCGGUGUGUUUGUUCCGGACCGCCGAUACCUGUAAUCGAAGCAUAAAGUGUACAUUAUUGCUUUAUUAUAAUUAGCUAUCACUCUUCAUACAAAGAGUGCAA